GGGGGCGCUGUGCACUAUUGAAUGUAUUGAUCAGUUGCAUUAAUGGUCGGCAAAUCCUACCCUGGUGAAUAGCAGAGCAGGAAGCUGUGUGUGUACGUCGUCCUCGCAGCCUGGAGUAGGCGGCCGGGAGAGAUGCUCCACUGACUCGCACGCCCGAGAGCCACUUGACGACGAAAGGUAUCAAAGUUGUGCAAAAUGAGGGGAUUUUUCCAAAUGUUGAACAAGAAAAAAGAGCUGAUCCCGCUGAUCGGGUUCAUGGCUUUUGCAGCGACCGGCGCCACCACGGCAUCCAUCUACUUUCUUCUUACCAAAUCUGACGUCAUUUUGAAUAAGACCUCCAAUCCAGAACCAUGGGAGAGAGUGGAUCCAUCCAAGCCCCAAAAGCUCAUCACCAUCAAUCAGCAGUGGCAGCCAGUGAAGGAACUGGAGUUGGUGAAGAGCCUCACCAAGUGAAAAGCGUUCUGACCUCCCGCGACCCUGCCCCCCAGGCCCCUGGCCACCCACCCAUCGGUACAACAGAAUCCUUUGCGCACAAACUAGGAUGUUUUGACAGUCAAGUGUGCGGAAACGCUUCUGUUCCACCGGUGGCGUUUCUGUCUGCUCUUUAGCUCCGCAACCACAAGGACGAUCAACCGCAAGAUUCGUCUGCAAACGUUUCUCAUGCUGCCAGGAAUAGCUCGCACGAUAAAUAUGAAUGUAAAAUGUGACACCAUUGAGUAAUGCACUGUACUAUUUAAUGUAAUGCUAAUAAAUGUGUUGAA